AAGCUAACUCAGCUAAUUGAAUCAUGAUCAAUACAGAGAGUAACUGAUGAAGGACCUUAUUGGAUUUCUCUAUUUUCUUCAUCAAACCACUCUUCUGGCCAAAAUACAUUUUUCCACUCUGACUCCAUGGGGUCUGUUCUCUUUCUAAGCUCUGUUCUAACACAAUAUGUCUGCUGCUGUCAGUGGAUGUACAGUACUAAUCGAUAUUAUACUGAAAUCACAGUCGUCCUGUUUGAUUCAACAUAACACAGACUCUCUACACACAUAGAGGUCCAGGUAUUGAAUAAAUACUAGUGCAGGGGUCAGAUUUGAAGAAAUGAAGCUGAUAUUCCCACAUGCACUGUGGAUAUCUGUGUCAAAAGCCUCUUUCAUGGGCUCUGUCUUUCACUGUGUCGCUGUCAGAUUCUCAUUAUACAACUAAAAAUCAGAGCAGAUGGCGAGCUAUGUGAUUACAACAAAAACCUGCCUGUAUUAAUUGAAAGCUGGCAGGGUCGCACAGACAGAUAUAGUGUAAUCGCUCGCUGUCACAUUUGAUAAGAAAUCUAGCUAAUGAAUUUAAUUCAAGCUGUUCAACAGUUACUGUGUGAUGUCAGACAUAAAGAUGUUUUUAAAUGACGAGACCUCUUGAGAAAUAAUUACUACUACUACAUACUCUGAGUAUGAGGUAAAGGACGAACAAAUGAUGUUAAUUCAAAAAAUACAAAACCAAAUUUAAACUCUUGGUGUUUAAAUUUAGAACAGAUGUGUUUGAAUGUCAGCAGGCAUAACAAAGAGGAAGAAGUUCGAAGUUCAGUUAGGUAGUGCAGGGUUUCAUUUUCAAUGGUCUGUAAAACAAGAACUUGUUUCAUAAGGUGCAGGGAGUGGAGGCUUUCGAGAUCCCGAUCAUGAAUUUAAUCAUCAUUUUUCUUUACAAGUAUAUUGUCAAACUAUUUAUUGAACUUUUUUUUAAAUUCAAUGAACCCUUGCCUUUAAGUAUAGCAAAAAGUUUUUCUUUUUCUUUUAGACGGCGUCACAAACCUUGUCACAAGCCAAAGUAAUGAUAUUUUUCCUGCAAGGAUCCUGGCCCAUCAGAAAACUAUCAGCGAGAACAGUGACCUUUAUCUAACCUGCAGCACAUUUGGGAAAAAAAGCAUGGAAGUUUAUGUUUAUUUAUGCAAAGAAGAGAUUGGAUUUGAUAAGAAAGUGCAGAAACAAGAUCUACAUGACACCACCUUCAUCAUACAAAGAGUGAAUCGACACGACAGUGGGAAUUACAGCUGUGUUUACUCCUUCAAAAAUGAUUUAACCAACCAAGCUACCACGAGAGGACACAACAUCAUUGAGAUUCUAGUUAUAGCCAACUUUCUCCCUGGAGAUAUUUCAGUAGUCGGGGCAUCCACUGUCAACGAGGGAGACUAUGUUGAAUUCAGGUGCACUCUUUCGGUCACCCUGCAAACAAUCAGAGAAUGUCAGCUCAUCCACUCGUACCUGUGGAGAAAUGACUCCAUCCUGCAGGUGCAAACAUUUAAUGUCUCAAAGAUGGAGGCUACUUUCACCAUCCAGGGCGCAGCCAUGAGAGAUUCAGGACAUUACAGCUGUGUGGUGCUCCCAUCUACAUGCAUCAAGAAGCAUGAGGAGAUCUAUGGAAACAAUGCUGUAAUCCUAGAGGUCGAAGGGAGUCUCUUCUUCCGAGUGCUUAUCUCUGCUGGAGUGAUAAGCCUGAUUGUAUCUCUGGGUCUGGGUUUCUGUCUUGGUCUGUGGUGGAUCAACAAACAAGGAUCAGCCUCAGCUUCGUGCAACCUUAGUGCACAGAUACAGCAGGCAGAUUCGAACAUGUGGGAGAUACAGCAGGAGCAGCAAGCAGAAGCAGACAAUAUGGAAACACAGGAUGAUGAAUCUUUCAGCACGGAGGAGGAGGAGGAACAACAACAUUACCAGAAUGGCAUUGUGGCUGAGGAAGCUGACAUCUUGGACCCUGAAGAGUAUGAGGAUUUGUACAGUGUUGCAGAUGAAGGACCCCUGAGACUGGAUUUGUAUUCCACGUCCAUCAAACUGAACAAAUGCCAGCCGUAUUGAUUCAAUUUCACUUCAGUGCAUCAUUAUACAACCUGUUUGUUCUGUUUCUGUGUAAUCUGUGUUGUAAGGGUGAGGUUUUUUUUUUCUACCUUCAUUUUUUUCAUUUUAAAUAAAUGAAUGAAUGUGUUAUGUGGAAUAUUAAACAGCUUUGUCAUAGUCUAGUCUAUCAAAACAGAAAAUAAAGCUAUAAGAGGAGCUGCUCCUUUUUCAAAGCUGAUAAGCUCAUGUCAAAUUUAAACAUGGAUCCUUUUUUUCAUUAAGCCGACUUAUAAACCUUUAUAUCAGUUGAAUUAAAAGAAUAGCGUCUGCUGUAUUGAACUAUAAGUGCUUGAUAAAAUAUACAGAAGUUUAUCAUUUGAGAAAAAGAGAAUGACUAGAUGAAGAAAAGGUGUUUUGCUUUGUAUUGAACAACAUGGAAAGCAGAUUGUAACACUUGAAACGUGUUAUCAGACACAUAUGUUGUUGGUUGUAUCCUUUGUCUAUUCAUGUAAAUAUUAUGCUUACAGAAAUAAAUCAUAUUUUUCUGCUGA